GAAGCUCCCUCCUCAUCAGCGAUGCUUUUGUUUGCAUAUUGUUACAACAUUUAGUCAUUUUUCGUGUACUCACUCAUGCACAUAUAUUGGAAGGCUCCGAAAUGAAUGUACAACAUCGUUGAGCGAAGCAGACAUGUAUUGUUAGUGCCUUCACUUUCGCAAUUGAGCAUUUCUAGGUCAAAUAUCAUGACUCAGAAGCAAAAAGGUUGAAGACUUGUCAAUGUGAGCGUACGAAGAAGGGAAGCUACCGAGUACGACCUGUCUGACGAUCGAGGGUUACGUUGAUUGCCAACUUAUACUUAGUGACAAGGACAAGUGCUACUUUGUCUAUAAGAGCCGCGUGACGUUGUUUCGUGAGGAGAGAAACAUGUGUGCAAAAUUACCAUGAAGAAGCACGCUCUGUUUAAGUUUGCAUUAUUCACGGUUACAUCCGGGUUGUCGUGUUAACUGUCGCGACAGGGGUUCAUGGCUUCUUAAUCGAAACGGCAUUACAAAGUCAGUCGAGCGAGACAUCGAAAACGAGGAAGAAGCUGUAUGUUUUCGUAAGAAGACGGAAGAAAAUGGAUUGCCGUUGGAAUCGAUACUACGGCGUCGUGAAGAAAGUGUCGUCGUUGGCCGGCCAAUGGCCUUACCAACGUUCACGAAUGAGGACCUUCAGUUUCAGCAUGGUUAUCUUGAGUAUAUUUUCCGUGAUCGUGCCGCAAGUAGCCAAGAUGUUUGAGUGCGACGGAGACCGGCAAUGCCUCUUCCCGACCGUGGCAUCGUUCAUGCUAACGAGCAUCGCCCUGGUGAAGAUAUACACGUGUCACUUCAGCAGAAACAAAAUUAGAGAUCUCAUCGAUCACUUGCUCGUCGAUUGGAACUUGCUCAAGUCUCCGGAGGAGUACGAGAUCAUGAAGAGUUACACCAAGAAUGGCAGACGGUACUCCUUGACAUACACGUUAUACUGCUUCAUAACGAUGUACCUGUUCCUGUCGAUGUCCCUCAUACCGCACUUCCUGGACGUUGUGUUACCCCUCAACGAAUCUCGCCCUCUUGUCAUGCCGCAUCCGGCGUACUACUUUGUCGACGACAGGGAAUACUUCUACUAUAUUUACUGGUACUCCAUCUUGUCCUGGGAAAUUGUACUGUUCGGCGUAAUCGCCCAUGAUUGCCUGCUCGUGACUUACGUUGAGCACGUCUGCGGCGUUUUCGCGAUAGUCGGAUUUCAGUUCGAUCGGUUGCUGUACGAACACAUGAACCCUGCGACGAUCGUACGCGCUCGACCGGAAGUCUCGUAUCACAAACGAAUCGCGUUCUCGGUGGAAGUGCAUCGGAGGGGCAUACGUUUCGCGCAGCUGCUCGAAGAUACCUUCUCGUUAACGUUGGCUUUACAGGUAGUGAUAAUUACGGUGCUGAUAAGCAUCACUUUGAUGCAAAUUACGCUGCAAGUCAACGACAUGAUAGGACUGAUAAGAUACAUUCUCUACGUGGUUGCUCAACUGAUUCACCUAUUCUGCCUGAGCUUCGAGGGACAGAAAUUGAUGGACCACAGCCUUCAGACGCGCGAGAAGAUCUACAACAGCCGUUGGUACGAGGUGCCCAUAAGGACGCAAAAGAUGCUCCUUUUCGUGAUGAGGAGAAGCAUUCAACCUUCCUGUAUCAGCGCUGGCAUUUACGUCUUCUCCAUGGAGAACUUCAGCAUGAUCUUGCAAACUUCGAUGUCAUACUUCACGGUACUGGCGUCUAUGGAGUGCGUCAUGAGGAGACUCUCAUCGUCCAUCGGUCAGUGGCCUUAUCAGAAUAAAAGAGAGAAGCUGUUCAAGAUGAGCAUGAUGACGACAGCAUUGCUCGUCAUGAAUAUUCCGCAGACGUGCAAAUUUGUUUAUUGCAACAAAGACCUAGAGUGCAUUCUCGGGACUACUCCGUCGUAUCUGUUAGUACUCUUGAUUAUGAUGAAUGUGUACACAAGCAGCUCUAGCAAAAUCAAGACACUCACCGAUCGCGUGUUCGUCGAUUGGGGAAGAUUGCAGAAUCCGGAAGAGUACGAAAUCAUGAAGACUUACGUCGCAAACGCGAGAUGGAUCGCCCUUAUAUAUUUCGCGUUUUGCUUGGCCGGUUGCACUCUAUUCGUGUUGGUGGCUCUCAUACCAUACGUGCUGGACAUUAUGUCACCACUCAACAAAUCCCGCUCUAUAGUGCUGCCUUACGAGGCAUAUUAUUUUGUCGACGAGAGAAAAUACUUCUUUUAUAUUUUCCUCCAUGGUCUAGUAGCCGCUGAUAUAGUUAUAAUGGGGCUUAUCGUUCAUGACACCAUGUUUAUAUUUUUUGUGGAACAUGCAUGCGGCAUCUUCGCCGUGGCUGGAUUCCGUUUCGAGCGUUUGGUACACGAAGAUACCUGUCUAAUGAAAACUGUUGAUAACGAGCUGGAUAAUAAGUACAGUAAAAAAAUAGCUUACAGCGUGCACGCGCAUCGGGCAGCUCUAGAAUUCGCGGAGUAUCUUGAGAAUAUCUUUUCCUUAAGUUUCGGUAUAGAAUUAGCGUUGAUGACAAUAGGAAUGAGUAUUACUUUAUUUCAAAUCACUUUACAAUCCGACGACAUCUGGGAAGUAACAAGAUACGUCAUCUACGCGAGUGCGCAACUGGUACACUUGUUCGUCUUUUGUUGGGAAGGUCAAAGACUGAUAGACCACAGUCUGCAAAUACGUGACAAGAUGUACGACUGCACCUGGUAUAAAAUACCCGCAGAGUCGCAAAGGCUAAUCUUGCAUGUGCAAAAAAGGAGUUUGCGACCGAAAUUCUUGAGCGCUGACUACACGAAAUUCAAUCAGUCGCGGGCAAUCGAGGACGUAACACUAUCUCAAAACAGCAUGGAAUUCUGGGAUCAUUAUUACAGCUUCAUGAAGAAACUCUCAUCGUUCGGCGGUCAGUGGCCUUAUCAGAAUAAAAGGGAGAAGCUGUUCAAGAUAAGCAUGAUAACGACAGCAUUGCUCAUCAUAAACAUUCCGCAGACGUGCAAGUUUGUUUAUUGCAACAAAGACCUAGGGUGCAUUCUCGGGAUUAUGCCAUCGUACAUGUUAAUAAUCUUGAUUAUGAUGAAUAUGUGCACAAGCAGUUCUAGCAAAAUCAAGGCACUCACCGAUCGUGUGUUCAUCGAUUGGGGGAAAUUGCAGAAUCCGGAAGAGUACGAAAUCAUGAAGAGCUACAUCGCAAAUGCAAGAUGGUCCGCUCUUAUAUAUUUCGCUGUUUGCUUCGGCGGUUGCACUAUAUUCGUGUUGAUGGCUCUCAUACCGUACAUACUGGACAUUGUGUUACCACUCAACGAAUCCCGCCCUAUAGUGCUGCCUUACGAGGCGUAUUAUUUCGUGGACGAGAGGAAAUACUUCCUUUACAUUUUCCUCCAAGGUCUGAUAGCCUUGCAUGUAGUUAUAAUGGGGCUUAUCGCUCAUGACACCAUGUUCAUAUUUUUUGUGGAACACGCGUGCGGCAUUUUCGCCGUAGCUGGAUUCCGUUUUGAACAUUUGGUACACAAAGAUACCGGUGUAAUGAAAACUGUUGAUAACGAGCUGGAUAAUAUGUACAAUAAAAGAAUAGCUUGCAGCGUACAUGCGCAUCGGACCGCUCUGGAAUUCGCGGAAUAUCUUGAGAAUAUGUUCUCCUUAAUUUUCGGUAUAGAAAUACUGAUGGUGACAGUAGGAAUGAGUAUUACUUUAUUUCAAAUCACGUUACAAUCUGACGACAUCUGGGAAGUAAUAAGAUACGUCAUCUACGUGGGUGCGCAACUAGUACACUUGUUCGUCUUUUGUUGGGAAGGUCAAAGACUGAUAGACCACAGUCUGCAAAUACGUGACAAAAUGUACGGCUGCACUUGGUAUAAAAUACCCGCAGAGUCGCAAAGGCUAAUUUUACAUGUGCUAAAAAGAAGCUUGCAACCGAAAUUCUUGAGCGCUGGUAAAAUUUUUAUCUUCUCUCUGCAGGGAUUUACCACGGUAGUGCAAACGUCGAUGUCAUAUUUUACCGUGCUUUCGUCCGUCCACUUCAUGAAGAAACUCUUAUCGUUCGUCGGUCAGUGGCCUUAUCAGAAUAAAAGAGAGAAGCUGCUCAAGUUGAGCAUGAUGACGACAGCAUUGCUCGUCAUGAACAUUCCUCAGACGUGCAAGUUUGUUUAUUGCCACAAAGACCUAGAGUGCGUCCUCGGGACUACGCCGUCGUACUUGUUAGUACUUUUUAUUACGAUGAAUGUGUACACAAGCAGCUCUAGCAAAAUCAAGACACUCACCGAUCGCGUGUUUGUCGAUUGGGGGAGAUUGCAAAGUCCGGAAGAGUAUGAAAUCAUGAAAACUUACGUUGCAAACGCGAAAUGGAUCGCCCUUAUAUACUUUGCGUUUUGCCUGGCCGGUACCACUCUAUUCGUAUUGGUGGCUUUCAUACCUUACAUGCUGAACGUUGUAUUACCACUCAACGAAUCCCGCCCUAUAGUGCUGCCUUACGAGGCGUAUUACUUCGUCGACGAGAGGAAAUACUACUUGUACAUUUUCCUCCAAGGUCUGAUAGCCUUGCAUAUAGUUAUAAUGGGGCUUAUCGCUCAUGACACCAUGUUUAUGUUUUUCGUGGAACACGCGUGCGGCACCUUCGCCGUGGCUGGAUUUCGUUUCGAGCGUUUGGUACACGAGGAUACCGACCUAAUGAAAACUGUUAAUAACGAUCUGGAUAUGUACAAUAAAAAAAUAGCUUGCAGCGUGCACGCGCAUCGAGCAGCUCUAGAAUUCGCGGAGCAUCUUGAGAACAUCUUUUCUUUAACUUUCGGUAUAGAAAUACUGAUGAUGACAGGAGGAAUGAGCAUUACUUUAUUUAAAAUCACAUUACAAUCCGAUGACAUCUGGGAAGUAAUAAGGUACGUCAUCUACGUGGGUGCGCAACUGGUACACUUGUUCGUCUUUUGUUGGGAAGGUCAAAGAUUAAUAGACCACAGUCUGCAAAUACGUGACAAGAUAUACGGCUGCACUUGGUAUAAAAUACCCGCAGAGUCGCAAAGACUAAUCUUGCAUGUGCUAAAAAGGAGCUUGCAACCGAAAUUCUUGAGCGCCGGUAAAAUUUUUAUCUUCUCUCUGCAAGGAUUCACCACGAUUAAAGCUCUCACCGAUCGCGUGUUCAUCGAUUGGGAGGGAUUGAGAAAGAAUCCAGAAGAGUACAAGAUCAUGAAGACACCAACGAUUGUUGCAGCGGUCUGUCUGGUAAGCGUUACCGUGUUUGUGAUGGUGUCUCUCGUGCCCUAUAUACUGGACAGAGUGUUACCCCUCAACGAAUCCCGCCCUAUAGUGCUGCCUUACGAGGCGUAUUAUUUCGUCGACGAGAGAAAAUACUUCUUUUACAUUUUCUCGCAAGGCUUCGUGGCCGCGGAAAUAGUUGUAAUAGGGCUGGUCGCUUACGACACCAUGUUCAUGACCUUCGUCGAACACUUAUGCGGCAUCUUCUCAGUAACAGGAUUCCGUUUCGAGCGUUUGGUGCGUGAGGAUACCGACGUAAUGGAAAUCGUGCGCAACGAUCUCGGUGUCGUGUAUAAUAAAAGAAUAGCGUACUGCGUGGAAAUGCAUUGUGCGGCUAUAGAAUUCGCGGGACAUCUUGAGGAAACUUUCUCCUUAAACUUCGGUAUAGAAUUACUGUUGGUGACGAUAGUAAUGAGUAUAACUUUAUUUCAAGUCACGUCUCAGUCGAACAUCGUGGAAGCAAUGAGGUACCUCAUCUACGUGAUUGCGCAACUGGUGCACUUAUUCGUCUUUUGUUGGGAAGGUCAAAGACUGAUAGAUCAUAGUCUGCAAAUACGUGACAAGAUAUACAGCUGUAAUUGGUACAAAAUACCUGCAAAGUCGCAAAGGUUGAUUCUGCACGUAAUGAAGAGGAGCCUGCGACCAAAAUUCUUGACUGCUAGCAGCGUCUUCAUUUUCUCUCUAGAAGGCUUCACCGCGGUGGUGCAAACGUCGGUGUCAUAUUUUACCGUGCUUUCGUCGGUCGACUAGUCAGCGACGGUCAGUAAUUAAAUAAUGGGAGUUUCCAUGAGUUCAUGCAAUACCGUAUAUGCU